GGCCCUGAUGGCUUCCGCGGCCUCUCUCUUGCAGCCACCAUUACUUCAAGUACUGCAAGAUCUCGGCGCUGGCGCUCCUGAAGAUGGUGAUGCACGCCAGGUCCGGGGGCAACCUGGAGGUGAUGGGGCUCAUGCUGGGCAAGGUGGACGGGGAGACCAUGAUCAUCAUGGACAGCUUCGCCUUACCGGUGGAGGGCACCGAGACUCGCGUCAACGCUCAGGCGGCCGCCUACGAGUACAUGGCUGCCUACAUUGAAAACGCAAAGCAGGUUGGUCGUCUAGAAAAUGCAAUUGGCUGGUAUCACAGUCACCCUGGCUAUGGCUGCUGGCUCUCUGGGAUCGACGUCAGUACCCAGAUGCUUAACCAGCAAUUUCAAGAACCCUUUGUAGCAGUGGUUAUUGAUCCAACAAGAACAAUAUCUGCAGGAAAAGUAAAUCUUGGAGCAUUUAGGACAUAUCCUAAGGGCUAUAAACCUCCAGAUGAAGGUCCCUCCGAAUACCAGACUAUUCCACUUAAUAAAAUAGAAGACUUUGGUGUACAUUGUAAACAGUAUUAUGCUUUAGAAGUCUCAUACUUUAAAUCAUCUUUGGAUCGUAAAUUGCUUGAGCUUUUGUGGAACAAGUACUGGGUGAACACUCUCAGUUCUUCUAGUUUGCUGACUAAUGCUGACUACACCACUGGCCAAGUCUUUGAUUUGUCUGAAAAAUUGGAACAGUCAGAAGCUCAGCUUGGAAGGGGCAGUUUCAUGCUGGGUUUAGAGACUCAUGAUAAGAAAUCAGAAGACAAACUUGCAAAAGCAACAAGAGACAGCUGCAAGACCACCAUAGAAGCGAUACAUGGAUUGAUGUCUCAGGUUAUUAAGGAUAAACUUUUUAAUCAAAUUAAUAUAGCUUGAAGUGCAUCACCAGCUGAUACGCAUCUCCAAAGCAGAAAAAGUCAUGGUUUCUUUCGCUUGGACUUGUUCAAUUUGGGAAAUGAAGCUGGAGUGGAAAAUUAUUCAUUUAAUUUGUAGUACUUUAGUAUUUCCCACCUGCCUGACCAGUUUUAAAGAACAAAAUGUUCUGAAAUGUAGUGCAACUUUUUGUUCUUUAUCAUAAAACACAAUCAAUUUGGAGAAUUGUUCCAAAAGAAAAAUAAAUGUGACUUACUGGAUUUUGCUCUUAGGUAUUUAUCUCUUAUUACCCAACUGCAAUAAAACAAUUUUGAAAAUGA